AUGCGCAGCGUGUCUGAGGGCACGACAGCAUCGACUCUUACAAGUGGCUCUCAAUUCACAUCUCCGCCGUCACUGGGCGUGAGCACAGGGCCUACUAGCCCGAGCUUUUCGAAUCCGGAUGGGCUCAGCGAGUUCGUCGAUAGGGACGUUAUCCCGCCGAAGCCGUUGGAUGGUCCCAGGACAUUAGUGCUGUGCUUCGACGGCACGGGCGACCAGUUCGAUUCGGAUAAUUCGAACGUCGUUCUCCUGUUCUCGAUGCUCAUGAAGGACUCGCCCUCUGAGCAGAUGGUGUACUAUCAGGCGGGGAUUGGUACAUACACAAUACCACAAAUCGCCACUCCAAUGUGGUCUAAUUUUUCGAAAACCCUUGACGAGAUGAUCGCUUGGAAUCUCGAUGCGCAUGUCAUGGCCGGCUAUGAAUUUCUCAUGACAAACUACCAAUCUGGAGACAAGAUAUGCCUGUUUGGAUUCUCUAGGGGCGCAUACACUGCGCGCGCACUAGCCGGAAUGGUUCACAAGGUUGGCUUGCUACCCAGGUGUAACCACCAGCAGGUGCCAUUCGCGUACAAAAUGUUCACUCGCACAGACGAAGUGGGUUGGAAACAGUCAACCGCUUUUAAGAAAGCGUUUACCAUGGAUGUCGACAUCGAGUUUAUCGGAGUAUGGGAUACCGUGUGCUCCGUUGGCUUGAUCCCGCGCACGUUGCCUUUCACGUCCUCAAACACUGCCAUAAGGACGUUCCGCCAUGCACUGUCCCUAGACGAACAUCGUGCGAAGUUCAAGGCGAACCACUACAACUAUCCCACGGAAGAAGAGGGCAAGCUGGGCACCCAGCCAGGCGAUAUGCCCAAGUCAGGCGCGAAGAAGCGCUGGGCUACGAAGAAGACGAAGACAGACUUCGAAGCGCAGUUCGCUGCGCAGGAAUUCCACAAUCACAAGACGGAUGUUCUCGAGGUCUGGUUUGCGGGUUGUCAUUGUGAUGUUGGUGGAGGCUCUGUGCCAAACGACGACACGCGCAACCUAGCCCGCAUUCCGCUACGGUGGAUGAUCCGCCAAUGCUUUCUCACGAAGACCGGUAUUCGCUUUCACGCUGAUGGGCUCAGAUCCGUCGGGCUCGAUCCGGAGGCGCUAUUCCCAGUUGUGAAGCCACGCCCAGCAGCGCUCUACUCCCUGCCAUCUGCCGAUGCAGACCAUGUGAGGGAUACAACUGGCGCUACCCUCGUCGAUACCAGUAUCCCCCAAAGCGAGGAAGAGGAGGAUUAUCGUGAUGCGUUAUGCCCGAUCUACGAUCAGUUGAAACUCGCGCCCUAUUGGUGGGUCCUAGAAGUUGUCCCGCUCGCGCACCGAGUACAGAACGCCCUCCAUCAAUGGUUUGACAAGCUAUACGUCAACAUGGGACGUGGAAGGAUAGUUCCUACACACGAGCCGUUCAACGUGCAUCGUAGUGUGGACAUCCGUCUGAAAGCCGGCGCUCUGGCAGCUGGUGGGCCAUAUAAGCCGAACGCGGUAUAUCCGUCAUCCAUGCAGAUCAACUGGGUCGACUGA